GGAUUUCAAUGCAAUGGGACUCUUCCAAGAUUAAGAAAGAGUGCCUUCCUUAACCGGAAGAUGUUCCGUUGAUCUAUUGAAGUGUUGCCGUUGUGCCAUGUCAAAUAUCACCGAACGAAGUCAGCAUUGUGCGCUGUUCCUGCCACGUGAAGACUUCCUCAUAUAAAGAAAGGAGAAACGUAUUCCUAAUUUUAGCAAAGCAAUGUGCUCCGAUUUUGAGGAAACUGAACAUGGAAGUGAGCUGCCUAUCCAAGCUGAGGGUGACCUGGAUGAUAAAUCUCCAUCAGAUUAUGGAACAUCAGAUGCAUUGUGUAUUGAAGCAUGGCAGCAAUGGAGCAGGCAGAUCACAGCAUGUGGCAGUAAUGCUGAUCUGGAUAUGGUACCAAGUCAAACUGUUGGUAUUCCCAACAGCAGAACAGCUGGAAGUGUCAAUGGAGGCAAUGCACUAUCACUUGAACACCUUAAUCAAUGGGGAAGAUGGAUAAAAUCAAUUAAGGUGGAAAGGCCCGUACCUGAUCCUGAUGAUGACCCGGACAGCUGUCAAACUGGAAGGACAGCCCGAAAGGACACAUACCACCUGCUGCAAGAGGGCUCCACAACCAAUGAACAGUGACCACACAGAGAAAGACACCACUCCGACCACCGAGGAUGGAUCCAAUUGCUCGCAGCAGCCAUUGGCCACCAACACCCUCAGCCUGACCUGUCUGACCAUCACACUGUGGCUUGCUGGUAAACAGGAACAAGGGGCAACACAUUUCAUAAUGCGCUGUGACGUACGGGCCAACACCUUCCUCAAAAUGGCCCAUGGGUAUGCCCAGAGAUUUAAUCACAUCCCCUGCUGGCUCUGCACUAGGAUCCCUGUCCACUCUCAUGAAGGCAUUCCCUUAGCCUCAAUCCCCUUAAACAUCUCUGACAUGGUGGAGUGGUGGCUAGACCCUGACAGAUCCCCUGAACUUACCACACUGGCCAAGCCCAGCUAUGGGGACAACAGCCCAGCCCGCUGGAGGUCGGCGGGGUACCACCUGGACAAAUUUAAAGAGUGGUUUUACCCGGCCUACAACCUCUCCCAUGAGCCCCCAGCCCUGACCAUUGCUGACACUAACACACAUGGGCCACCUGCAGGAUCCAUCUGUUUAAAAAGCACACAGCCAUCCGGGUGGGAGGCUGGCUGGAGCCGGUGCACUGACACCCUGCUCCUAACUCUCACAGCACGUCAAUCUGCUGCAGAAGGCAGCAUUUUACAUCUACGGGUCCUCAACAGGACCUGCCAGAACAUCACCUUCCUCACCAUUUGGACAUGGACCCAGACCCAUCAUCUCCGGACCUACAAUGGCACCUAUUUUAUCUGUGGCUGCAAAGCCUACCCCUGGUUGCCAUUAUCCUGGACUGGGAGCUGUUACGUUGGGUACACCAUACCAUUCAUGUAUCACUCCCAGUCCCCUCCCUUCCCAAAGCCCAUGACCCGCAGCAGACGAGCCCUCACUGCCAUUGAAGCGGCUCUCUACCUGAUGUCACCCCACUCUGCAAUCCUAUGGUUACAGGUAGAAGCCCACAAACUCGCAGCCACACUCAAGAAGGUGGCAAACUCCACAGCAGGCACACCCGCCCAGCUGAAUGCGGAGGCUGUUGCCAUCCGUACUAUGUCUCUGGAGAACAGGAUGGCCCUGGACUACCUGCUCGCUGUGAAAGGGGGCACAUGUGCCCUCAUUGGUGCUGACUGCUGCACUUACAUUCCUGACCCCAGUGAAAAUAUCACAGACCUGGCCCAACAUAUCUGGCAGGCCACUUCUGUCCUGCAUGAUCAGAACACCCGUGGGGACUUAUGGGACUGGGCAGUCUCCUGGCUGGGGUCAUGGGGCACAGCCCUACUGCAGGGACUGAUAGCCCUAAGUGCUAUCAUUGCUGGCCUUAUAGUGCUAGCCUUGGCCAUCCGACUGUGCUGCUCACAUCCAUGUGCAAUCCUGUUACCCUCUGCCCCCCUCACCACUCAGUAGCACAGAUCCACUGGGAGAAAACCCUGCCCAUGGGAUAGCCUCUGCUGAGCCAGACACGGACACUGAGAGUUACCUGUCCGAUACAGAGUCCCCCCAACCCACCUGACAACUGAUAAUUCCCCUGGCUCUGGCUACUUUGCUUCCUUCUUGACUCUUCUCUAAGCAAAAUAAAAAGAAAGAGGGGGAAUUGUGAGAAAAGACUUGCUAACCCACAAUAGGACCACAAACACAAAAUUGGCCAAACUGUACCAGAACACUCAGAAUUCCUGAGCAACACACAAGCUGAAUCAGACAGCAUGCAGACAAUGGAAUACACUUUAAGCUCUCAUGGCCAUGACAGAGCACCACAGAUAUCUCAAAGCCCUAAGGCCAGUUUCACAACCCAGCCAUACCAAAGCC